CGGUGGGAGGAGCCGUGCGGUUCCGGCUGCCCAGGCGAGGCGACCCUUGGGUCCGCUCCGCGGGCGGGGACGACAGGUAGGCGAAAGGGCAGCCACGGCUCCGCGAGAGGCUCCAGCUGCGGAGUCCCCUGCGGCGCCCGGCGCGCCCCCCGCACCCUCGGCCUGCUGCGAGGCGGGGGAGUAAGGAGAUGCCGACCCAGAGAGACAGCAGUACCAUGUCUCACCCGACCGCAGGCGGCGGCAUUGGGGACCAUUCUCACCAGGUCCGGGUGAAAGCCUACUACCGCGGGGAUAUCAUGAUAACACAUUUUGAACCUUCAAUAUCCUUCGAGGGUCUUUGUAAUGAGGUUCGAGACAUGUGUUCUUUUGACAACGAACAACUGUUCACCAUGAAAUGGAUAGAUGAGGAAGGAGACCCAUGUACAGUAUCAUCUCAGUUGGAGUUAGAAGAAGCCUUUAGGCUUUAUGAGCUAAACAAGGAUUCUGAACUGUUGAUUCAUGUAUUCCCUUGUGUACCAGAACGUCCUGGAAUGCCCUGUCCAGGGGAAGAUAAAUCCAUUUACCGACGGGGUGCACGCCGCUGGAGAAAGCUUUACUGUGCAAAUGGACACACUUUUCAAGCCAAGCGUUUCAACAGGCGUGCGCACUGCGCCAUCUGCACUGACCGGAUUUGGGGACUUGGACGUCAAGGAUAUAAGUGCAUCAACUGCAAGCUCCUGGUGCAUAAGAAGUGCCACAAGCUUGUCACCAUUGAAUGUGGGCGGCAUUCUUUGCCACCGGAACCAAUGAUGCCCAUGGACCAGUCAUCCAUGCACUCAGACCAUGCACAGACAGUAAUUCCAUAUAAUCCUGCAAGUCAUGAGAGUUUGGACCAAGUUGGUGAAGAAAAGGAGGCAAUGAACACCAGGGAAAGUGGCAAGGCUUCUUCCAGUUUAGGUCUUCAGGAUUUUGAUUUGCUCCGAGUAAUAGGAAGAGGAAGUUAUGCUAAAGUACUGUUGGUGCGAUUGAAAAAAACAGAUCGUAUUUAUGCAAUGAAAGUUGUGAAAAAAGAGCUUGUCAAUGAUGAUGAGGAUAUUGACUGGGUACAGACAGAGAAACAUGUUUUUGAACAGGCGUCCAAUCAUCCUUUUCUAGUUGGACUGCAUUCUUGCUUUCAGACAGAAAGCAGAUUGUUCUUUGUUAUAGAGUAUGUUAAUGGAGGAGAUUUAAUGUUUCAUAUGCAACGGCAAAGAAAACUUCCUGAAGAGCAUGCCAGAUUUUACUCUGCAGAAAUCAGUCUAGCAUUAAAUUAUCUUCAUGAACGAGGGAUAAUUUAUAGAGAUUUGAAAUUGGACAACGUGUUGCUGGACUCUGAAGGACACAUUAAACUCACUGACUAUGGCAUGUGUAAGGAAGGAUUACGGCCAGGAGAUACAACUAGCACUUUCUGUGGUACUCCUAAUUACAUCGCUCCUGAAAUCUUAAGAGGAGAAGAUUAUGGUUUCAGUGUCGACUGGUGGGCUCUUGGAGUACUAAUGUUUGAGAUGAUGGCAGGAAGGUCUCCAUUUGAUAUUGUUGGGAGCUCCGAUAACCCUGAUCAAAACACAGAGGAUUAUCUUUUUCAAGUUAUUUUGGAAAAACAAAUUCGCAUACCGCGUUCUUUAUCUGUAAAAGCUGCAAGUGUCCUGAAGAGCUUCCUCAACAAGGACCCAAAGGAACGAUUGGGUUGUCAUCCACAAACAGGAUUUGCUGAUAUUCAGGGACACCCAUUCUUCCGAAAUGUUGAUUGGGAUAUGAUGGAGCAAAAGCAGGUGGUACCUCCGUUUAAACCAAAUAUUUCUGGGGAAUUUGGUUUGGACAACUUUGAUUCUCAGUUUACUAAUGAACCUGUCCAGCUCACUCCUGAUGAUGAUGACAUUGUGAGGAAGAUCGAUCAGUCUGAAUUUGAAGGUUUUGAGUAUAUUAAUCCUCUCUUGAUGUCUGCAGAAGAAUGCGUCUGAUCCUCCCUGCUCAACUGUGCAUUUUGCUUGUGUUGCCAUUUAAUGCAUGGAUAAACUUGUUACCCGUCUGGAUGCAACGAACCAUUUUAUAUUUUUCACCUACAGAAAAAACACUCAGUACCUUCUGUUGUUGGCUGUAACAGUCAAUGAUUACAUCUCAGUUUAACUACGAAAAAAAUGAAACUACUUUCCAGACAAUCAUGUCAAAAUUUAGUUACACUGGUAAUCCAGCAACCUACUGAUGAAUAAUAAAGUUGUCUUUUUUGUUCAAAGGAAAUACUCACUAAAAAGAGUGUCUGUUGCAUUAAGGGACAUGGUGGGGGUUAUAUCAUAAACCUCCUAUGAUUUUUGUCAUAUUCAUGAGGUCAUUUAAAUAUUUAAUUUUGGAAUAAAAGUAAUUCAAAAUAUAACUUGUUAUAUUACCUGUUACUUUCUGAGUUCUUAAUGUUUAAAAAUUCAGCUGUAAAUUCAGUCAUUGCCUUAGAAGAUUAACUUAUUGAUUUUUAAGGCAACAGUUAUUAAUAAUACAAGUUGUUGCUUGCUUAGACUUGAGAAUACAGAUUCUUCUGAGGAAAAGAAUGGGCACAUUUUAUUAAGAACCAGAUUCCAAAUUGAAAUUUGGAAUUAGCUAGCUGGCUUUGAAAAACUGAUUCAAGUGAUUUCUUUUAUAGUGAGGGGUUAGCUUCUCAGUUUAUCCCUGCAGUGGGAACUGUAACUGGAAUGUUAAUAAAUGUAGUUCAGAGAACCCAGGCUUCCAUUCAGUGGAACACUUCUCAGUAUAUAAAAAGAAAAAAAAAAAAAAAAACUUAAAA